UCUUUCUUCCUCCUCUUACACUCGUGCCAUUGGUUUCAUCCCCUCUCAUUCCUCUCAUCCCUCUCCCUUCUCUCCUCCCCAGAUUGAAUGAGUAUCCCCCUGUGUUCUCUAUGCAGGAAGGGUAAUAGGAUGGAGGCAUGGAGACAAAGGGUGGAGGGGUCGUGUGGUGGGUGAUAAGCCGCCGCUCUGACCCGUCCGACUCGUUAAGGGCUGUGUCAGGCGCGGAAUCACAGAAUUACACGUCGUCAGUCCUGCAGCAACCUAUUCCCACACUCCCUUCUGUAUCCGAUGGCUGACCUCAUCCUCAACCUAAAUCAAGAAAUUGGACUCCAGCUUCCGCCAUUUUACCACACCCAAUCACAGGUGAGUGGCGAGCAGUAUUGCCAACCAUGGCGUCAAAACAACAAAACGUGAGACACGCUUCACUACCCUAGCUGGCAACACUUACUGCUGCCCCAGACGUAAGAGAUGGUGACGUAGGCAUCACGUGACUAUGGCUGUGACGUCACUUCCGCAGGGCAAUGUUACUCUUCUCCACACUACUCUUUCUCUCCAGGGAGAGUUUAACCUAACGGCCUUACCUACACCUAUGAGUAAUGAGACCUACCAGCGGUACCUGCGUGAACUGGAUCUCAAGAAAUUCUACUCGACGUACGAUGUGUGGACAGGCAUACGCACGGCCGUCACCCUCGCCCUCUUCUUCGUCUUCACCGUCACCGUCAUUCUGUACAAGAGCAAGUGCAAGCCGCGCCGCAAGUAUGAGCUGUACCCGAGCCUGGAGGACAUGCCCGGGCGGCCGCUGGACUACUGCGACUACUGGUGUUCGAGCCCCGGCAGCCACGAGACGGGCCAGAAGUCCAGCCAGGUAGACUCUCUGGGGCAAUGUUACAAUCAAGGCAGAGUCAAGACGGGGUCGGCGCCCCUGCCCACGCAGCGCUCCGUCGGCUCCUACUCCAGCCUCAACAACUCCUUCAGGGUGAAGAGUCUGCCCGGCAGCGUCAUGAGGAUCAACUGCUCCCGCAACUCUUCCUUCGAGAGGGACGACUCCCAGGCCACGGCCCACUCGGUGCGGUCGGAGUUCCUGUCGGUGCCGGGCGUCAGGCUGCAGUCGACGGGGUCGAGCAGCGACGGCUACAGCGCCGGGUCGUCGCUACACGACUUGAGCGGCGAGAUGACGCCCAUGGCGCUGCUGGGCGUGCCGGGCCUGGGGCCGCGGGGCAACAAGCCGCUACUGCAGCUGGGCGGCAUGGACUGGGACAGUGACCACGCCACCGCUGAGUGGGUGCAGACCAUUGACAUCAACGUGAUCCAGCCCACGCCCAACAUCUCGCCCUGCGGCUCCGUGCGCAGCGUGUCCGACAACUCAGAGCUAGCGCGGCUGCCGCUGCCGGGGCGCGGCCGCGCCGCCUCCCAGAUGUCCCUGGACUCCCCGGACCUGGACAGUCGGUCCAUCGGGUCAGAUUCUGUGUUCCUUGAAGAAUCGGGAGGCGAGAUGUUCAGCAGCCGCUCGGAGAGCAUGGACAGCGGCAGCCCCUCCCUGCUGGCCACGCCCCGCCAGGUAAUCACUCCCUCCCCCCGCAGUGCGCGCCGCAAGAUUCAGUCCUUCCGCCUCGGCAUCAACACAUCCUCCCUGCCGCUGCCACCCUCCCCCACGCCCAUACCUUUGCGCGCCGUGGUGUCGGACGCCGCCGCGCGGCCCCGAGACCAGCGAAGUCGCCAGAAGCUGCUGCAGCGGCAGCGAGUGCAUGAGGAACCUCUGGGAGGAAUGGAGGUCGCGCCUAAGCGGGGACUGUCUCCCAUGAGCUCCCUGGCCGUGCCCACCCUGGGUAGUCACCUGCGGGCCUCGUGCGAGCGCCUGGCGGCACACGCGGCCCUGCAGAGUGACCGGGACCACGCCAGCAGCAAGAGCUCCAGCCUGCUGGUGCCCUCGGCGUCAGGCAGCACUGAGGAGGAGCCCAUGUGUGCCGUGUUUACCGUGCCCUCGCUACGCCGCUGCAACUCGGCCACGACGCCCGAGCAGCAGCAGGAAGUGGAAGGGUGGCGGGGGUCCGAGAGCGACCAGAACCCGGUGAUGCGCCCGCGCAGACAGCGAGCAGAACCCAGUGAUGCGACGCGCAGACAGCGCCAACAGCAGGCCGCGGGGGUCCAGCGAGUCCUCGAGUGGCUCCGACGACGCCAGUGAGUCUGUGUCCUUCCACCUGAUGGUGCCGGCACUCAGCCUGGACCAGCCCAGCGCCAACACCAGCCGCGCCUCCUCCCCCGCCCUCUCCCCGGACAGCUCCCCCCCAACACCACCCCCCUCCCCCGGCACGACGCAACGCCCAUCACGCCCCACCUCGUCUGCCUCGCAGUCCCCGCGGCACCUGCAGUCCCCGUUUUCCACCUCCUCCACGCCCUCCCCCACGCGGGGAAGGGGCGCCCGCAAUAACUACCUGACAGUCGGGCCGUGGCAACGGGCUACUGGGUAACGGGCUGCAUCCCGGGGGUGUAGGUGCGCGGCGCGGCGGCGUGGCGGGGGCGCGGCAACGGGCGGCGCGUGCUGCGGCGGCAAGUACAGCCAGUGCAUGCCGCCCAGCCCCACCCUGCGUGAUGUGCCCUCCCCGCCAGGCUCGCUGCCCCAUCUACGCCGAGGAGAUGGACCUGGAGGGCGAGUGGACCUUCCCGCCCGCGCCGCCCCCCUCGCCCUUCAAGGCGGGCCAGGCGCUCUACUUCCGCCAGGACUCCAGCUCCCCUUCCACCCUGCCGGGGCUCCCAGCACCUCUCCCGUCAGGACUCCAGCCCAACCUCGGCCGCGCUCCGCCGGCUACCACCUGCUUGUGUCAGGACUCCACGCCCUCCUCCCCGCAGCUGCGCCACCAGGACUCCUCCCCUACCCCGCCCGUAGGCAAGCCCCCCAUUCAGCCGCGAGGGGCUCCUCCCCCCACUCCCCCCUGCUGCACCAAGUCCUCCCUCACCCGGGAAGACUCCUCUCUCCCCCCUCCUCCUCCUUCCCUUCCGAGAUGAGGGAUGACUCGCGCCAUCCCUCCUCCUCCUCCACCUCCUCCUCCUCCUCGGUGAUGGAGACUCCCUGCUAACGUUCGCUAAUCGUGACUAGGACUCGGAAAUGUAGUGACUCUUAGCUCAACCACAGGACUCGCUUGCGUCCGCCACACCCCCAAAGGGCGCCAAGCUGCUCGUGCCACAGUGUCCUACGCCACAUGUCCUACGCGCCAUAGACACAACCGUUUACUUGAUGUAUUAACUGUGCUAGAUGUGUUGUAUCGAUCAGUCUAUAUAAAGCAAACCAAACGCUAAGUAUGUAAUAUCGUUCGUUCAUCUCCGUGAGGCAAGUACAUAGUGCGGUAUCUAUUUUUUCUUAGUCCGCCUCUAAAAUACUUUAGUUUUCUAUGUUACGUUUUCUUCUAAAUAUAUUCGGUGGUGUAACUCAAUCAAACGGACCGAGAGGGGGAGGAGGGAGGAGGAGUUGGACGACGAGAGGAGGAGGAGGAUAUAAGUGACUCUUACUUGCGUACAUACUUGAGUUGUCUCGUAAGUAGCGUACACGGUUCUCACUUUGUUUCCUCACACACAAGUAACACCACAGGCCUUGGACUAAUGUGUUAUGAUAAACCUGUGACGGUCGCUCCCCCGCCCGCCACCCCGCUCACGUCACACUCACACCAUCCCUCCCAAGACCUCUCUCAGCGCCCACGCCUCUCCCAACGGCCUCUCCCAACACUGACACCCUCCCACGUUCCAUCCCACGCCCUCCCCCAACGUCCAAACCCUCCCAUAUACUCCCAGGCGCAUCCUUUUUCAACUUCUCUCUCACCGCUCACUUCCUCCCACGGUCUCUCAACACCCACGCCCUCCCACGCCAUCCCACGUCACCGGAGGCCUGCCACUGGCCUUUCAACUCAUGCCCUUACGAAUGCUUCCUGACCAGUGUCCUUCCCGGCGCCACCCACGGCUGCCUGAAGGAGAGCCCAAGCGAUCCCGUGGGUGAGGUGAGGUCGAGAUAGGUCACUGGUUCACUGGGGCGCCACGCUCCUGGUAAAGACAAAUGGUACCCGCUUGCACACUCCUGUCUGUACCGAGUUCUCCUGGUUCCUGGCUCAUAUAGUUAAAUUCAAGUGUUUUAUGAGGGGAAAAAUUGGUGAUGAUGAUGGUGGUGGUGGGUAAUGAUGAUUGUGAAGAUGGUGGUGGUGAUGGUUGUGAUGAUGAUGAAUAUUAUGAUGAUGAUGAUGAGAGCGUAACAUGAGAGGCAUUCACAUUACUUACUGUCUUUCGUUACAGAAAAAAGUUAAUGAAAGUGAAGUAGAAUAAUUUUGAAAAAAAAAAAAAAGAUAACAAGGUAGAUAAUAAGGUAGAUGAAUUUGAGAAUCGAUUUUUAAACAGUCAAUAAUCAUCAAGUAGAAAAUAAAAAAAAAAAAAAGAAAGAAAAAUCAGGUGGAUGAAUAAUCAAAUUUCCAACUUGCUCAAAAAAAAAAAAAAGCCUAACAUGAAAAGAGAAAUGAAAACAAAUGAAUAAUGAACUUUGAAAUUUGCUCAAACACCGACCAAACCUCAUCUAUCCCCCUUCCCCCUCCCCCUUUCCCCCUCCCUAUCCCUCCCUCCCUCCCCUCCCUCCCCUCCACGGGAUCGCAAGUAAACUAAAAGAUUAAUAAAAAUACUCCCAAGAUAUGAUAUUCCUACAAGAACAAAAGUCAUGUUGCUAUUUCUUAACUGUGUCUUCUACGUGAAAGUAAAAUUCAUAAAUAAAAAAAAAAUUACGAUAAAAAAAAAAUUACCAGGAAAUCAAAAUACGAGGAGAGGAGGCCUAAUUUUUUGGGUCCCCCUCCAAGGCCGCCAAGAUUUUUUUAUCCCUGAAGUGUUACUUAUAUCACUGAGACUCAUUAUAGAAGAAAAUGAAUAUAUAUGUGGAAAUAAUAAUAAUAAUAGUAAUAAUAAAUAUGAAUUACGUUAACGUAUUGAAAAUUAAGAAAUAAACCGGAAAAUACUUGAAAUGAUAAUAAAUAUAUGUGUUAUAAAGAUAUAAAUAUAUAUAUUAUAAUAAAGAGAGUAUGUUGUUUGUUAAUUGACAGAGUUUAAAGUUAAACUACAUACAAUUUACGUUCUUGGAAAUAGUGUGGAGUGGACGUUCCCUGAGCGUUUGAACGUUUGCUGGUGACAAGUGAUUGGCUGCGCGAUGGUCACGUGACGCAGGGAAGGCCCCGCGAUUGGCAGUGACGUAAGUGGUGACGUCAUCAAGCUCGGCCAAUAGGAUGCGUGCAUGAGUCAUUACAGAAGGAAGAGGAUUUAUAUUUGUUUAUAAACUUUAUAAAGGAGGUGAAAAAAAUA